AAGUCGUUUGUACACAUUUCCAGUUCGAAUUCUACCCCCACCACUGCCGCGGCGCCGUAUUAGGUCGACAGCGCUGUAUUAUGAAAAUGAUUCGGCCGUGUCGUUUAUCAGUUUCGUUUGAUCCAUCCUGCUUUACGGCUGCGUGUAGUUGGUUAUAGAGCAUGACAAAUUUUACUGCUUUUCUGUAAUUUUCAAGAAAUAUCAACAAGAUACAACAUUAAUCCCAAAAUACUGAAAUUUAGAUUGAUCGUGAGUAAAAUGGAACUAUAUGUGAUACUGAGAGCCAUGGCAGCAAUAAUGUUAAUAGUGGUAAACUUAACUACACAGUCUUUUGCGAAAAUUCCUAAACGACCUCCCAAUAUAGAUAUUGGAAGCUUUGAAUGCAUACCAUCGUCUGUCAACGAUAUCACAAGAGACGUGAUCGUAUAUUGGCAAACUAUUGAUGACAACGAGAAACACAGUAUUGAUGAAUUGUUUGAGUACCGCGCUUACUACACGUCCAUGGCAGAUAACAAUACCAUUAUUUACCAUCCAUGCGAUAAUAUAUUUGCCAACCAUGCCACGUUUGUCGGACUGGAAUUAAAUACUGGAUACAACAUCAGAGUGUACUCGGCAAAUAAACAUGGUUUAUCGGAAAAAUACGCUAGUAUAUAUGUACCCGGUUUACAGAGCAAAGAUAAUACUGUAUCAUUAUCGCUGAGAAAAGUUAAAAAAUAUAGCGAUCAAGGUAUUUAUGAGCUGUCGUGGAAAAUUUAUGACAGCCAGAAUCUGUUUUCCACGAAUCAACUGAACUACUUCACACUGUAUUGGUGUGAAAACAAAAUGAUCUAUCCUAACCAGUGCAACGGCUUUAUGGACUGGAUACAUGUACCAAGUAGAGAGUCUCGCUUUACUAUUACCGUGCCGGAUAGUUGGAAAGAAUAUCAAUUUGCGAUAAGCGCCAAUAGCGAAACUUUGCAAAAGAGCAGUGCCACUGGAAAUAGAGCAUAUAAAUUCAAAUCGGUUAGUAGUGGAUUGGUGUGGGAGACGUGUACAACAUUGCAUUUAUCGAAAACUAGCAAAGUUAAAAGCUUUUGGACCAGUGAGGUUGGAAGCACAUACAUUGCUUUGAGGUGGAAAUUUGACUGUUCGGAAGAAGUAGAUUUCAUUCGCGACUUUCACGUAUUUUAUUGCCCAGUAGAUCCCGUGGACAAUUAUUCAUGCUUAAAACCUCCAGCGUACCAGUUUGUUGAAAGCUAUAUGAAACAAUACCAAACGCCCUUUGCUUUCAUACUGAGCUUGAAGCCCUCCACCGUGUACAAGAUAUCCAUUGUAAUAUAUACAUUAAACGGUAGAACCAUUGAAACUGAAUCUGUUACUAUGGCUACACUUCCAAACACCGAGUGAAAACUAAUAUUAGGGCUUUUAAUUUAAUUUAAUAAUUUUAGAUAUCAUUAUCCGUUACUUGUUAGUAACGAAAUAAUUAUCUUGGUAGUUAUAUAUGACUAGAAAAUUUUCGGUACUCUGCUUGUUAGUUAAGAAUGUAUAUUGUUAAAAUUUGUAUUUUGAUACGAAUUACAAUUAUUAUAAGCAGUUAAAUUAUAAUAUCGAAUCUGAUGUAUGAUUAUUUAUUACAAACUGUAAUUAUAUAUAGCUAUAUGAACAGCAGAAUCACUUUAUGACUGUGACUUGUGAGACUGUAUAAUAUAUUAUAAUAAGUUUUAAGUUUUAAACAUACAGUAUUUUCGUACAUAUAUAAACCUAUAAUUAUUUCUUAAGGACUUCCAGUACAUAGAUAGAUUGUGUUUACUUUUGGUUUUAUACUUUUAUAUAUAAAUAUAAUAACUAUUCGAUAUUACUUUUCAACAAUUGCUUCAAUUAAUAUAAAUAACGUUAACAUUUUCGUAAAUAAAAUGUACACAAUUGACCUUUGUAAUUUUUAAUAUAAAAUGCAAAUUUCUAAUUUUUGCACCUUCUCAGGAAUUGCACGUAGGCACCUCUCGCCCCUCCUGCUGCUGUCCUAACUAUUAUUAUAGUAUUUUUUAAAUUAUGAUCUAAAGUCAGGGCUUGAAAACGAUAUUGGAUAUCUACUGAUUUUGAAUACCUGUUAAAACCAUUAAAAACCGAAAUCGAUUUUAAAACUGAAAAUGAAAUUUAAAAAAAAUGAAUACUGGAAAAAAUAAAUACCAACAUCCAAAACAGAAACUGAAAUAGAAAAAACAAUUUUCGGCUUCAAACCCUGCCUAUAGUCCAGCCUGUAGUAAUAAUAGUAUUAGUAGUAGAAGUAGUAGUAUUAGUACUUAGUAGUAAGAGUGUA